UGCAAACAUCAUAUGAUUUUUAGGUUAGAAUUUAAGAAUGUUGCUUUUUGGUUUUAUUCGUAUAAUAUUUGUACAGUGUGCGUGUUCUGCAAACCUUUGAGAUACUUUAGUUCUACACGUGCUUCUGAUUCACAUACGUUUCAACCUACGAUUCACUCAGGGGAUAUUUUGUUGAUAAGAUUGUAGUUAAAAGGGAGGAGCAUUGCAAAAUGCCGGAAGAUAAUGAAGAUUUUCUACCAAGAGACUAUCAAGUUGCUCUAAGACAAAUUGCAUUAGAAAAGAACAGUAUUAUUUAUCUACCUACAGGAUCUGGAAAGACUUUCAUAGCGAUAUUGGUGCUAAAGCACUUGCAGAAAUGUAGCCCUAAAUACACAGAAGGUGGAAAAAUUUCAUUUGUGGUUGUUAAUACCGUCGCAUUAGUCGAUCAGCAUGCGAAAUGCAUAGAAAAAAGAACAAAUUUGGAGGUGGGCAAAUACUCGGGCGACAUGUCUCUUGAUUUUUGGCCAAAAGCCAAAUGGUAUGAAGAGUUUGACAAAAGCCAAGUAUUCGUUAUGACCGUGCAGAUAUUAGUAAACCUGACCAAUCAGAAUUUCUUAGAUUUAAACAAAGUAAAUCUGAUUGUCUUUGACGAAUGUCACAGAGGGGUAAGUGAUCAACCAAUGCGACAACUAUGCAAGUCCUUGAAGCAUGUGAAAGAACAGCCGCGAAUACUGGGACUUACGGCUACCCUUCUUAAUGGUAACUGUAAGCCGGACAGAGUUUUAGCUGAAGUUGAAAAACUGGAGACCACAUACCACAGUCAGGUCGCAACUGUCGACGGAUUAACCAAAGUCACAGGAUAUUCCACAAAUCCGAAAGAACAUAUUCAACCUUAUUCCGCUCAUAUACUAAGCAAUAUUGAGGUGCAAGCAAUGCACCGUUUAGAUGAAAUUAUCACAAUUUUGCUGCAAGUAAAGGAUCCUCAUUUACCGUUGGUGAUUAACAAAACUGGUCUGCGUCCUUUAACAAAAGAUGAUGGUUUAAAAAAAUUAAACAACAUCAUAAUUGAUAUAGAGUUCCACAUUAAGUCGCUGGGAAUUUAUGGCGGUCAUAAGGCAAUGCUCGCACACAUGAUACAAAUUGAGAGAAUGAAAAAACAUUGCGACGACAUGGUUAUUCAUCAAGUGCUAUCAUACGUACAAACCAUGUUAUCUAUAGUAAUGAGUAGUUUAGAAAAAUACAUGGAAAAUUUCACUGAGACUGAAAGAAUAUUGCAAUUUUCUUCGGACAAAGUAAAGCAGUUGAUAAACAUUUUUGAUGAAUACAGGAAGACGUCCAAUGAAGAACUAUGUUGCUUGAUAUUUACAAAGCGGCGAUUUACUGCUAAAGUGAUUUUUUAUAUUUUAAGCAGUUUGUCGAAAAAUACAAAAGAAUAUUCAUAUAUCAGGCCAAAUUUUAUUGUCGGGUAUAAUUCUAAUCCAUACAAUGAUACAAGAGAAUCACUUUAUACGUCGAAAAAAAAUAGAGAAGUUCUGCAUUCAUUUGACAACAAAGAAACUACUGUUUUAUGUUCCUCAAACGUCUUAGAAGAGGGUGUUGACAUCUCGACAUGCUCUUUGGUAAUUAAAUUCGACGCCCCUGAAGAAUACCGUUCAUACAUACAGUCCAAAGGCCGUGCAAGACAUCCAUCAAGUCUCUAUUAUAUGAUGGUCGACAGUGCUGAUAUGCUUAAAUUCAAAGAAAAAUACAUGGAGUUUCAGGAAGUAGAAAAACGGUUGCAAGAUUUGCUGGUCGGCAUGAAUAAAUGGAGGCAAAAGCCAUCCGCAUUGAGGAUUUCGAACAUGUAUAAUGAAGACGAGCUUCCCCCAUAUUACGUAAAUGGUCCGCGAUCAGCAAAAGUAGAUAUGGUGUCGGCCAUUUCAUUGUUGAGUCAAUAUUGCAACAGUCUGCCAUGUGAUAAGUUCACGACUUUAUCUCCCGAAUUGUAUUACGAAGAAAAAACUACUAUUCUCGAUGAUCUCACAAGAGUCACAAUCAUAUUGCCAACGAUUUGUCCUUUGACUGCCCCAAUUGUCGGCCGUUAUAUGAAAAAUUUAAAGUCUGCAAAGCGAGCAGCUGCGUUGUUAGCAUGUGAACAGUUACAUAAAAUUGGCGAACUUGAUGAUCAUUUACUGCCCAAAAAAUAUGAUAUUGCCAAUGAAGAUGUCGGCUUCUUAUUUAAGCAUUAUCCAGAGGUCAAAGAGACUAUGGCUGGCACGAACAAAAAUAAAAGAACACACAAGAAACAGGUAGCAGCAUUUCUUAAAGGACCUGUCGUUCCUCAAAAGCCUGCUUGGUUGCACAUUAUCAACUUGCAGCCCAUAUUCGGAAAACGCGAAGAAUUGAAUUAUUCCACGUUUUAUGACAUGUAUGUGUCCGAUAUCUGCUAUGGGUUUUUAACACCAAACCAAGUUCCCACUAUAUGCGAUUUUCCUAUCUACGUAACUUUAGGCACAAUCAAUGUGAAUCUUAAAGUAAAUGUUGCCACACCUCAGUUAAGCGAAGCAGACAUUGCCAUUAUUAGAGAAUAUAAUUAUCUAGUAUACAACGACAUUGUGCGAUCGCUAAAACAUAGAGAAUUUCUAAUAUCAGACAAUGGAGAUGAUGCAGAAACCAUGAUGAUGGUACCAGUUAAUAAAAGGUCCGGCAAAAUUGAUUUUGAUAUAUUGAACGAGCACAAAGCCAUAAAUCCAACAUGCCAGUUAACAGUCGAAGAUAGAUUACAACUGAAAGUAACACAGGAGGACUAUUUGAGAAAAAUUGUUUCUCCUUGGUACAGAGAUAUGGGGAAGGGCGAGUUUUUUUUAGUUUUAGAGGUCUGUUUUACUAAGACCGCAAAGAGUAAUUUUCGUUCUCAUAAAGAAGGUGCUAGUCCAAAGAGACCAAAAAUAUUGUGUGAAGAUAAACUUGGCUCAUUUCAAAGCAAAUUAAAUGAUUAUAUAGUGACCGAAGUAUCAUUAAAUAAAUCAGCAAAAACUAUAUUUCCAAAUGAGCAAUUUGGUACAUAUGAAGAUUACUACAGAGAAAAACACGAUGUGCGGCUUUUAAAUCCUGAACAGCCGCUUUUAUAUGUGAAACAUUUAACUAAAAAAACAAACUUUAUUAAGCCGCAAGGGGCGCAAGCCAAAAGAAAGAAAGAGAAGAAUUAUGAAGAUCUAGAAAUUCAUUUGAUCCCAGAAUUGGUAGUUAAACAAGAAUUUCCUGCAGCCCUUUGGAUCCAUGCUAACUUGUUGCCAACCCUUCUAUCAAGAUUCUCCUUCCUCUUUCGGUUAGAAGAAUUCAGAUUAAAGAUGGCACAUGAAAUGAAUAUUCCAGAGAAUUCAUCAACGUCAAAUAAAUCUUUGGAGUUAGAUGAAUAUCUCUUAAACUACGUCCCAUAUAUAGAACAAUCAUCGAACAGUGUCGUGAAUGUUUUAGUACCUGAAUCUAAAAACCAAGUAACAUUCCAGAGUUUAUCCGUCAUAAAUCGUGAUUAUGCAAAGAAAAUGCUUGAAUUGGAGUACCCAUGGAAUGAAACAGAAGAACCGAAAGAUGUUGAAAGGGACAUCGACGUAACCAUUUUGGAUAUCGAUUAUUAUGAGAAAUUUCUAUCUAAGAGUGUCACCACUGAAGAAUAUACACUAAAGAACGACUUCCCAAAACAGCAAAAAGACCAACUUGCUCUCACAUAUUUUAAAGAUUAUGAGGAGAAGCCAAUCCAACUUUUAGAUGCGAAAAUUUUAGACAGUGGUCCUCCGCUUUGCCUAAUUUACAAAGCAAUGACAACUGCCAAGGCAAACGAUAUAGUCAACAUGGAACGACUAGAAACUCUUGGCGAUUCAUUUUUAAAAUUAUUCUGUUCGCUUUAUGUAUAUGCGAAAUUUCCACGGUUUUCUGAAGGACUGGCAACAAGUUUAAAAGGCCGAUUAGUAAGUAAUAAGAACUUGUAUUACUUGGCUUGUAAGAAAAACCUUGGAGGAUUGAUGAAAGUUGGUGAUUUACAAAUAUCUGACUGGCUGGCACCAGGAUUUAAAAUUCCAGAUCUAGUUGAGUCUAGAAUUGACAAAAAGGAGACGUCCCUUGCGUCUCUUUACUUUAUUUCGGUGCCCCAAGAAGAACAGAUUAGUGGAAUUUUAUCAGAAGAAACUGUUCAGACUAUACAGAGCGUGCAGUUCGAAGAAGAUCCCAGUGAAGAAGGUCUUAUUCAAGAAGUUGCAUCACUUUUCAAGUGCAAUUAUGUAGGAGAUAAAACAGUUGCCGAUUGUGUUGAAGCUUUAUUGGGUGCCUAUUUCCAAACUUGUGGAAUCGAAGGUGGACUUCGAUUUGUUGAAUGGAUAGGCAUCAUCCCUAAAUCUGAAAACUUGAUUGAAUUGCUUGAUCAGCCACCUCAAAAUCCAGUUAUAAAUGAUAAAGCAACUUUAGCUGACAUAAACUAUCAUAUUCCCGACUGGGAUAAGAUUGAACGUGACAUUUUGGGAUACCAUUUUAAAAAUAGAGCAUUUCUGUUACAAGCUCUAACUCAUGCUUCAUAUACACCCAAUCGAAUAACUCAGUCGUAUGAAAAAUUGGAAUUCGUGGGGGACGCUAUUCUCGACUUUCUGGUCACUUGUCACAUAUUUGAAGCCUGUGGAAAUUUGGAUCCAGGAGAUUUAACCGAUUUAAGAUCGGCGUUGGUAAACAAUAACACAUUUGCCAGUUUGGUAGUGCGAAAUAAUUUACACAAGUAUUUGCUCAUGAUUAACGCGAAACUCCAAGGCAUGAUCGAUCGCUUUGCUGGAUAUAUAGAAUCAAAGAAGUUUGAAAUAGACGACGAAGUGUUGAUCUUGUUGGAAGAGACUGACGCAGUAGGUCUGAAUAUUGCCGAAUAUAUAGAUGUGCCUAAGGUGCUUGGUGAUAUAUUUGAAGCAUUAGCAGCUGCAGUAUAUCUAGACAGUGGAAAAGAUCUUCAAGAAGUAUGGAGAGUAUUCCAUCGUCUUAUGUGGAAAGAGAUCGAAUCGUUUAGUGCAAAAGUUCCCAAAAACUUAAUCAGACGGUUGUAUGAAUGGAGUCCUAACCCCCAUCCGACUUUUGGAGAUUCUAUUGAUGCCGGCCAAGGAAAAGUGAUGGUUCCGUUACAGUUUAUGUUAAAUGGUAGAAGGCAACAAGUUUAUGGAUUCGGGUCAAAUAAAAUGAUGGCCAAGAAGGCGGCUGCAAAAUUGGCUUUGCGGCAACUAUGCUGAAGUUGCAGCUGUCUGGUAUUCACAAUCUGUAUACUAUUUGCCAAAAAAGCAAUUUUAUGUUCUCUUUAUCGUUUUGUUAUUACAUGUGUUAAUAUAUAUGAUUACUUAUAGAUUAUGUAUGUAUAGUUGAUAUAGUAUAAAUCUAUUUUGGCUAAAUAAUACAUGUUAGGUUCGUCUUGUACUAAUAGAGUUUAUUGUACUUCAGUCAGCAAACCGUAGGAAUUUAUUAUCAGUAUAUUAGUGUUGUAAUCGGUUUUAUUGGCAAUACGUCGUAAUUGAUGUUAUUAGUAGUAAAUUUGACAACUCUCAGUAAUGCAUAUAUUUAUCAACUACAAUUAUUGAAAAUCUAAUUAAGUUCACACAAAUUUUGUAAUGUGCCAUUAUAAGUUUGGUAAUUGCAUAAUAAUAAAUUUUGUGAACUUCAUGUGCUGCUCAAGUUCUCAAAUCAUUACAUUACGUACAUUAGAUUUAUUGUCCUGAUUAUAACACUUAUGCACUGGUUUGUUAUUGAAGUAAUUUAGAAGUUUGUGUAGGUGAUUUUUGCUAUAAUUGUACAAUUUAAUCAGUUCUAUGCCCUAUAAAUCAAACAUGUUGAAUAUUUAAUUGUUAUAUAAUUUUUAAUAGAAAAUGAUGUGCGUAUUAGUUGCGCUACUAAAACGCAAAACUAUCAAAAAACUUUGAAUGCAUUAAUCAUUGCCUUUCGCGAGGUAUUUGACUUUUGUCAUGGACUGAUUAGUGUAAUAAAUUUGUCAAAUAAUAUACUUAUAUGAAAUGA